AGGGGACCCUCCACCCGCUGAUUUUUCGAGUGCCAAAGGUCCCGACGAGAGUGCUUGAGCGUCGCUCGUAGUCGAAGGAUAUAGUUCGGUGACGUUUGUUUGUGCAGGUAUGUUGUGAUUGGCGGUCAAGUGAUGAUGCGAUGUGAAUGUGCUAUCAACAACGUGCUUUACGUACGAGGACUUUAAGAGUAUUAUGCCGCGGAUGAUAAAUCACAAUGUCUCUCCUGAACACGGGCCGCGAUACUUUAACAAUAUUUUGCAUAUCGAUUAUUCGUAAUAGCCACAAUUUAGUAUUCGACAUUAUGGACCUAAAGUGAAGCCCUGGGAGACAACGGCCUCCUACGACAGACGACGAUGCGUGGAAACGAUAUGCAUGUUGAAGCCUUUAUGCAUAUAUCAAACUCAUCGGGUAGCAGUAUAAACUCGCCGCUCGGUCCUGCUGCGUCGUGCGGCAUGGCGGGCAACCCGUACGCGGUGCCGCUGUACGGCGGAGCGCCCGUGCAGGGCUACGGGUGCGCGCCCACCGACCUGCCGCACUACGGGGACAUGCGCGGCGCUGGCUGGUACCCCGCCUCGAACGACCCCAGGUUUGCCAUUUCCAGGCUAAUGACGUCCACCUCGGGCGGUAUGGGCCACGUCAACAACAUGGGCGGGCUGGCGGCGUGCGCCGGACCCGACGCGAAGCCCAUGCAGUUCCCCCUGGCGCAGAGGAGGAAGAGGCGGGUGCUGUUCACGCAAGCGCAGGUGUACGAGUUAGAACGAAGGUUUAAGCAGCAGAAGUACCUAUCAGCGCCUGAGAGGGAGCAUCUCGCCUCGCUCAUACAUUUAACGCCAACACAGGUUAAAAUAUGGUUUCAAAAUCAUCGCUACAAAUGUAAACGGCAAGCGAAGGAAAAGGCGAUGGCGGAACAAAACCAACACAAUCAGUCCUCAUCAUCGCCCCGGCGAGUGGCAGUGCCCGUCCUGGUGAAGGAUGGGAAACCGUGUGGAUCUGGGGAGUCCUCGUCACCAGCGCACAGCCACUGCGCUACUCCCACAUCGGGAUACUCCGCGCCCCAACCCUCGCAGGCCGCGUGCAGCAACCCCCUAGUGUCCUCGUACCGGCAACCCACGGCGUACCAACAGCAAUGCUCGGGCUAUCUGCCUCUACAGGGCAGGGCCUGGUAGAAGUUCCCACAGCUUUAUCACGAGACAAUGUUCAAGGAGGAGAUGUACUUUGAUUAAUUUAAAAUUUUCGCAAUGAGUAAUUUUUUUCUCUGUGACAUCUGGCAACAUUUUUAUAGUUGGCGUGUGUUGCCGCUAUAUUUAUAGAUACAAAUUUACCUCAAAGAAAAAAAAAACAGUAUAAUAGUCUAUUAGACUUUUUUAUGAUUAAGAAAUAAAACUUUACAAUUUAUGGCAAUAUUGAUUUAGUGUUUCCAUCGACGAAAAUUAUUUUUCCUCUUUAUUUUUUUUUUUUCAUUCUCAUUUAUUUAUUAAUGUUCAUUUCAGUAAUGCGUUUUUUUAUCUCACGUAAGUGCAUAAUGUUUGUGUUUUUGCUUUUUUUACUUAUUAUUAUUAUGCUUCAAGAAGUAUCAUUGAUACCUCAAAUUUGGUAGUAUGUAUUAGUAUUGAAGUCCGAGACAUAAAUCUCAGACCAAAUAUCGACUAUUAAUUUAUUAUUUUAGUUAUGAUAUUAAUAAAUAACUAAGUUCAAUUUAAAUAAAGUUUAUUCUGUAU